AUGGACACUUUAGAAACAGCGAUACGACUUAUGACUCCUUGUUGUUUUAUGACGUCAAUUGAUCUCAAGGAUGCAUAUUAUUCAGUUCCUAUCGCAGCUCAGCAUCAGAAAUAUCUAAAAUUUUUGUGGCGAGAUCAAUUAUACGCCUUUACUUGUCUUCCUAUGGAGUUUACCAGCAGUCCUAGGAUAUUUACCAAAAUUACGCCUACACAAAUUAUUGAAUUUUUAGGUUUUGUUUUAAAUUCUAUUCUUAUGAUUGUCAAACUAACUGACAGGAAAGCUGGAAAAAUAACGAAACUUUGUAUUCAUUUUUGUCAUAAGGGUAAAGCAUUUACAAUUCGGGAAGUAGCGUCCUUAAUUGGAUCGCUAAUUUCAAGUUGCCCAGGGCUUGGAUAUGGCCGCCUUCAUUACCGCAAUAUAGAACGGGAUAAAAUAAAUGCUUUAAAGUCACAGAAGGGCAAUUUUGAAGCUAAAAUGUCCUUGUCGCAUGAAAGUCUAGAAGAUCUUGCAUGGUGGAUAAAAAAUGUUAAGUUUCAACAUCGGAAUAUACAGCAUGGUUCCCCAAACACGGUUCUUUUUACAGAUGCAUCCCUACUAGGAUGGGGGGCGAAAAUUCAAGAUGGUCAGUGUACAAAUGGAAUAUGGACAGCAUCAGAAGCUGCAAUGCAUAUAAAUAUAUUGGAAUUAUUAGCA